ACUAUAAAACUCAACUUAAUUUAGUGGUCUCAGUUAAAGGACGAGAUUAUCAUUAUGAUUGGUUAUUGAUGCCAACAGGCCGGCUUUUAUAUGUAUAUCUGUGCAUGCAUGUGUGUUUUCAUUGUGCAUGAUUGUUUAUGCUUGCACACAUGCAUGCAUGUCCUGGCAUUGCGAAAAGUGCCGUCAACAUCAGUAGGAAAAUGUGUUACCUUCAGGGAUUUGCAUCAUCUCUUGUAUGCCAUUAGUUGUUUACAGAAUAGCAGUGUGUUGAAUCUCUCAGUCUACAACCAUCAUGUAAUUUCCUUUUCAUUUUACUGAUCAAGCCUUUGUUGUAAACCUUGAUUUAUGAGGUGGGUGGGGAAAUUUCUCAUUUUUCAUGUAGUAACAUAUCAAAUCAUUUUCUUUUUUAGUAUAAUUCACAACACAUUAUAUAUUGCCUAAUUUUUAUACUGAUGCAGGUUAUAAAUUUGUAUGGAAUUGGAGCUCGGCAAACCUUCUCUACUCCUAAUCUUAUUGAUGAACUUAACUUGAAGGUGGGAAAAUUGUCUACUGGUGAUUCCUUUGAUAUGUCCCCAGAAGAUGAAGCAUCAAUUCUAGCAAAUGAUGCUGUGGUUGUUGAUAUGGAGGGAGCAGCAGUGGCUUAUGUGGCUGACUUACUCUCAGUCCCAGCAAUCUUUAUCAAAGCUGUGACAAAUGUUGUUGUAGAGAAGCCCAUUGCAGAGGAGUUCUUGCAGAACUUGAUCGCAGUAAGCAGGGAACUGGCCCAGACUGUUAGCCAGAUUCUGGAGAAAGGAGAGCUUCCAGUUGCUGGGAAAGAAAAAGAAUCUAAGCUAUCAAGUCGAUCCAGAACAACAAUUGUUAGGCAGAAGACUAUCAAUCCAGAAACUCAGUGCUCUUAUACAAUAAAUAUGAUCGAAGGGCAUAUGAAUGAAAUUCAUUUUGCAGUGUAUCCUCAUACCAGCUCUAAGGAACAGAAGUAACUGUUAAACAACCGGAUGCUAGCUGAAGGAAGAAAAAUUGCUGGGAGGGGUGAAGAGAUGGCUGAACAUUAUGCUUUUGGUCCUCUUGAAGAUGAUGUGAUAAUUAAACACAGGCUUCUGACUCGCACCACAACUUACCGGGGAUGAAGCACCACUAAAGAAGCUUCAAAGUAAGUUUGCCUCCUUUGUACUGGAGAUCAAGAAAGACACAGAUAGUUCAGGUGACUGCUAGAGAUUGUAUAAGGCUUUCCUUGUAGAAGCGAAAUUCUUGGUGCACUGCGGGCAGUGCAGAACCACACGCACCAUGGGCGGUGAUUGGUUCCCUUGUGGAGCCGCAAAUUUUUUUUUUCAUACGUCGCAACCCAGUCCCAUGCGUGAAUCAAUCACUGUAGGUGGUGCACGUAUUUCUGCACCAUCCACGAUGCACAAAAAAUUCCUCCCUAGAAGAAAUAACCACUUUCGAGCUCUCACUUCCUAAAAGCAAAAUGGUAGAUGGGAACAUCCGAGAGAAAAAGGGCUUCAAUGAGUUGCAAGAAGAAAUCUAUUGCCAAAUCUUACAUGCUCAAGCUGAUAUCGAGGACUUAAAGAAACAGUUUGAGGAGAGCAAGAUUGAGAGAAAGCAUAAGGAGUGUGAGGUCAUCAGGAAGCUAAUUGCUUUGCAGUCCUCAAGGUCAAUGUUGAUUAAUAUAUUUUUAGUAAGCUAUGCUAAGGAAAAAAAUCUAUAAUGCUAUAAUUAGGGAGUGGUUGAUCAAUGUAUCUUUGAUAAGCUAUGUUUAGGGAGAAAUCUGUGAUGCUGUAAUUAGGGAGUAAAAUUAGCGAUUACAAUAUGAGCAUUUAUGUAAUAACAUCAAUAUAAAUAGAGGUGUAGGUCAAAAGAAUUUUAAUUUUGAUCUAUCAU